AUGUCCGCAAAAUUUAUUUUAAAUGAUCUUUGGAAGUUUGGUCCAGAUUGGCUUCACCGUGAAGAAUCUACUUGGCCUACAAUCGAAAUUCCAUUAUCAAAUAAAUUCCCCGGGUUUAAGAAAAAAUUCUGCUUAAACACUCUUCCGAAUUCAGAACUCUUUAACUCAUCCAUGCCUCAAUCUCAACAGCAUCCCAUGGUCUUGCCACGAUCAAGCCACAUCCCUGGGCUAAUAAUUCUCAACGAGCAUUUGGAAAACAAACACGCCGGGAUACAAACAACGUUGUAUGCCAUACGCCGACGAUUUUGGCCCCUCGAUGGCCGAAGUCAAGUGCGAAAGAUCAUUCGUAAAUGUAUCAGAUGCAUCCGUGUAAAUCCGUCGACAGCUGAAUACUUAAUGGGAAACUUUCCAAGCAUUAGAAUAACACAAGCGCGUCCAUUUAGUAACGUUGGAGUCGAUUAUUGUGGUCCAUUUUACAUAAAAGAAAAAAAAAUUUGCAAUCGAUCACGAGUCAAGGUUUGCGUCCCAAUUUUCAUCUGUCUCGUCGCUAAGGCAGUGCAUCUCGAAGUGGUUAGUGACAUGACCACCGAAGGUUUCCUAGCUGCUCUACGUAGAUUUACAGCUCGACGUGGAAGGCCUAAUAUCCACAAUGAAAGGGCUUCUCACGUCCUUAGUGACCAAGGGGUUAAAUGGAGAUUCAUUCCCCCUUUAUCGCCUCACUUUGGAGCAAUAUGGGAAGCUACGGUUAAGGUAUUCAAACAUCAUUUUAAACGUGUCAUAGGUGAUGUCCUUUUUACCUUUGAGGAACUUAAUAUGUUUACCAUCGAAGUCGAAGCGAUCCUAAAUUCACACCCUUUCACACCUAUUUCUCGUGAUCCAAACGACAUGCUUGCUCUCACUCCUGGUCAUUUCAUAAUAGGUGACUCUCUCACAAAUCUACCACAGGUGGAUCUCACUUCAGCAUGA